GGUGUUUGAGCACGUCAAUCGCCUCUCCGUCACAGGGUUUUGCAGUGACUUGCAGAUCGGCAGGCUUGCUUGCUGUCAGUUCAUUCAAAUAGGGUUUAAAUACAGGAGUUUUAUUAGAUAGACAAUUGAAAUGAAGUUGUCCGCGGCGACCUUCUAUGCCUUGCUGGCCGGCUUGUUUGCAAUAGCGAUUCGCGACGUGCUUUUUGGAUACGAGGAGAACGGCUGUAGCAUGACCUACAUGUUCGAGUAUCCCGAAUACCAGAGAAUCAGACUUCCGAAGAGGCUGCAGCGACAGUACCCGAGCUACGGGCUCUACCUCUAUGGAGAAGGGAGCUAUGCUGAGGAGAACAAGAAGCUGAAGCUGACUGGGAUCCCUGUCCUCUUUCUGCCUGGGAACGCUGGCAGCUACAAGCAGGCCCGGUCCCUCGGUUCUGUAGCCCUCCGGAAAGCAGAGAACAUCGACAACCGCUUCCACCUGAAUGUCUUUACGGUGGACUUCAACGAGGAGCUGGUGGCCUUGUACGGGGGCAGCCUGCAGAGACAGACCAAGUUCGUCCAUGAGUGCAUCAGAGCCAUCCUCAAACUGUACAAGGAUCAGCCUGCGCCCCCUAGCAGCGUGGCGGUGGUAGGACACUCCAUGGGCGGGAUCGUGGCGCGGGCCCUCUUCACGCUGCCCAAAUUCGGCCAUAGACUCAUCAGCCUCAUUAUCACCCAGGCCACACCUCACCAGGGACCCGUCUUGCCCCUGGACAGCAACCUCCUUGAUUUCUACGCGAUGGUGAACCAGCGCUGGUCUGAGCACGCUCAGGAGCUGCGUAAUGUGACGGUGCUGUCGGUGGGAGGGGGGUUCCGUGACUAUCAGGUGCGCUCCGGACUCACCGCCCUGCCCUGCCCCUCGGACGACCCCAACAAGCUCUCCCUCGUGAGUACAGCUGUGCCAAGGACCUGGGUCUCCACUGAUCACCUCUCUAUUGUUUGGUGUAAGGAGCUGGUGCUGGCUACUGUCCGAACCUUCUUCGACCUCGUGGACCCUGACACCAAGCAGAUAGCAGAGGACCCAGAGAAGAGAAUGGCUGUGAUCCGGCAUCAUUUUGUCAGGCACCCUGUGAAAAUCUACGAUGACACAGAGGACGAUGUCAUCACAUUCUCAGUGCCAUCAGAGGUAUGGACUAAGGUCUUGGCUCCCAGGCUGUCUUACACAAGCCCUACGGAACCCAGAACAAAAUAUUGUAUGUUUCCUCUUUCAAGUCACAGAAAAUCCUACAGCCAUUUCCACUGUCGGAGCAACGAUCUGAAGAUGAGCAGCUGGCUGUUCGGCUGCACACAGAGUAACGGGCUGGCAUGCUUGCAGGCGGUCGAUCUGUCUUGGGGGACUGAGUUACUCCCAGCCUUUAAGGUUCUGACUCUGAAACUGGACGAUUAUCCUUCCUUCUCCCACAUUGUUGUCAGCGCCUCAAACACGAAUGCCAAGCAGUUCAGUGUAGACUGUGAGUUUUUCAAUGAAGACUCUCGGAUCAUCUCCACUCCCGUGACUCACGUCCUGUCUUUCGGUGUGACUGUGAGUGAGGUGGUGCUGCACCCAACAGGCCUCAUCCACAAUAUUCAGCUACAGGACUUUCACCAGAUGCAUCAGGCUUUUACAAUCCGAAUUGAGAGCCGCUGCCAGACACCGCAAGAAGGAAAGCACAGCGUUUACAGACUCAGAGUGCCGUGGUUUCGUGAGGAUUCAUUCACAACAGCAAGUGGUUCAUCUGUGACUCAGAUCUCUGCCAGGCUGCAUUCCCCCCGGCCAGACAACACCUCCACUACCAGCCUGCAGCUCCACACCUGCCCUGGCUGCCGGUACACGGUUACCAUACGGACAUCUGUUUUUCAAGUGCUUGGACAGAUACUUCGGUUCCACUGCUCCUGCCUGCCUGUCUACAUCGCUGUCAGUAUCCUCCUGGCGUACGAGGGCCAGCUCUACUCCCUGCUCAUCACAGGUCACACUGUGGAGCUAGGGAAGGCUCUGAGUGCCUCUGCUAAACCAUACAGAGUAGUGCCGGUCAUCAACAUCCUUCUGUAUCUCUUGAGUGUGGGCUGGCUCCAGGCAGGCUGGUCCGCCCUGUCCCUGCCUCCGCUGGACGUGCCCCCCCUCAGUGAGGAGGGGGGUGACUGGUCCCCGCUGGUGUCUCUACUUCUCUUCAUGUUCGGCUCUGCAAUCGCCUACUGGGGCAGCGCUCUGCUGGGCCUGGCACUGAGCCUGCUGUCCGUCCCACUGUCAGCUAUCCACAGACCGUCCACUUCUCCGAGUAGCGGCAAGCUGGGCUCACGCGGUCAGAUAAGUCUUAUGGUCUUCCUGGUGGUCAUCUGCAGGACAACCUGUGGAGCCCUGGCCCUGAUAAUCACCUAUCUUAUCUACCUGUACAAGGUUUUGAGGCUGCAGAUGUCAGAGAGAACACUGAAACAUGUGCUCAACCUGGGCCCGAGGCAGUCUCCGAGCAGAGCCGCAGGUCCAGGGGUCUGUGUGAAGGAGGGAGGUGGGGGGGCGGUGGAGGCCCCAGGGCCCCAGGAGCCAGCGGUCAGCUGUAACAGCAGUGGUCUGGUCUCUGUCUCCAUGUUGGAGGACACCAGCGAGGACCUGUACCUGCACCUGACUCUGCUCACCCUGCUCACCCUGCCUGUGCUGCUGAGUGCACCCUCCUUCAUCUACUGGACGAAGAACCUCAGGUAUAGCCUGCGCCUCGACCCUGACCCCUGCUGGCCAGUGGCCAUUGUCCUGGUCAUUUCUGCAGUGCUGCUUAUGAGCUCCAGCACAGCUUCAAUACGAACUAGUAAACUGUUGAAGGUCAGCGCCAGGCUGCAGCUUCCUGUGUCUAUCGCCAUGGUGGCAUUCGCUCUGCUGCACCUCUACAGAGUGUCUCACUUCAUUGCCCUCACCCUGAGUCUGCACGCACUCAGCUGCUUGAUAUAGCUCCUUUAAAAAAAAAAAAACAGUCCGCCAUUGUGUGUGCAGCCCUCUUCAAGAAGCCUGUGCAGGUCCACAGCGCAAAUGCUCCAACGCAACCCUUUUCACAUUUACUCUGAUGUGCAGAGUUAUGCAGAGAAACGUAUCUGCUCACGCCUUUAUCAGUGGAAUAUUUAAAUGUGUUUUAGAAGUUAGGGAUGAAUUAACUACAAGAACGAGAAGAAACUGAAUAUUUCUCACUCAUGGUUGGCUUAACUGUCUACAAGAAACAACAUAACAGUGAAGGCAUUAGCCAAAACGUUUGUCUGAGUUUCCUAUUGCUUUGCUUACAUUUCCAUCUACCUACCAUGCACAUGCUCCUGUCUGCCUAUGGUUGGGUUCACUUUAGGAAGAUGGUGUUCAGUGAACACUGUAGCCCAUUGCUUUAUCCACUGAGCUGCCUUCCACACAGCAGCCCAGUGCUGUAACAACCCAAUCAAGCUGCAGUAUCUUCCAUGCUCCGGUCCAGCACUCUAACCAAUGAGCUAUUUGAUGAAGCUACCUACAAAAUCCCCACCCACCACCUCAAAAAAGAACUAUUUAAAAUGAAGUGCACUUUAUUUGAAUGUGUGGUGCUUCACUCGCUCCACUUUCAGCCUUGUGUUAGAUUUGUUGAGUGAGACCAAACUGCACCGAAAGCACUUAGUGGAAUCAUUUGUACUCAUUUUUGCAAGCCAUAACUAGAAUAAAAAAACUGAUUCUCUGGAUGUAAAAAUAAAACCUGUUGAGCUCUCUGCAGUGUUUGAAAUCCUGACAGGAGAAGGCAUUGCACAAAGAAACAAGAGUGUUGCGCAGACUUUUACAUAACGUUACAGUUCUGCUCUUUGGACACAAUACAGUUGUGAGAGGAUUGUUUUGUAUGUUGUAUCUCCUCAGCUGUAUGAAGAAUCAUUGAAUAUCUUUGUGAAACGGAAGGAUCAUGUACAGUGCAUUGUGAUCCUCAUUUUGCCUUACACUGUGUGUCAAAUGCAAAAAAAAUUCACAAAAUGUUUAGCCCUAGAAAAAGGUCUUAACCCUUUAGGGUACAAAGCACAUAAGUGUCCCACAAAUAAAACAAUGCAAAUGUUCUUCUUUUUGCAAUGAGGUGCACAAAACGGUUUAAAAUGUACUGACAGGUUGGAUCAGUGAGUUUUCUUGUGAUAGUUGAGUCACUUUCAAAUGUAUUUUAAGAAGAAAACCCUUUUAGUAACUGCUCAAUUCCUUGUGUAUCCUAUGGGUUCAUAAAUUUGAUUCUUAUAUUGAGCCUAGCACCAAAUAUGCCAAAUUAAAAAAGGGUUGUCUUGGGAAUUACCUCCCCACUAAUGUUUUGUGAUAUUCCACCAUCGCAUUAUAACUAAGUUUUUAGAUCUAGGAUUUGAAUUAUUUUUGUAGACCUGUUUUGUAUUUUUAUUGUGUGUGUGUGUGUGCAUAUAUAUAU